GGGACUUCAAUCAGGUUAAUGAAUCGAUUCCAUAUUUCACUCCGUUCCCGAAAGCUGUGGGUGUGUGUCGGUCUAUCAAAUGAAUUCUACUGUGAAACGAAAUUAGCUGAAAUGCGAUGAAAGGGAAAAGCAGGAAAAGAGUGACCGCAGAGGGAUCUUCUUCUUCUUCUUCUUCUUCAAAACCAGACAAUAAUAUGUUGAAGAAGGGGCCAUGGACGUCUGCAGAGGAUGAAAUUCUGGUGGCUUAUGUGAAGGAGAAUGGUGAGGGGAACUGGAAUUCUGUUCAGAAGCACUCUGGUUUGUCUCGCUGUGGAAAGAGUUGCAGGCUCCGAUGGGCCAACCAUUUGCGCCCAAAUCUUAAGAAGGGCGCCUUUUCCCCCGAGGAAGAGCGCUUCAUAAUGGACCUGCAUCACAAGCUCGGCAACAAGUGGGCUCGAAUGGCCGCCUUGAUGCCAGGGCGCACAGAUAAUGAAAUAAAGAACUUCUGGAACACACGAAUCAAGAGGAGGAUGCGCUUGGGGCUUUCCCUGUACCCUGUUCUUGAAGGCAUUGAUGAAGAGAAGAAUUUGGGCAGCCAUUCUGUUGGAGAAUUCGAACCCAGGGUCUAUAACACUAAUGAUAACAACAGUAUUGGAGAGAGUUUUGGUGUUUCUUAUGAGUUGAUGAGUAAUACUAAUAAUAAUUGUGUUGAAAGAGUGACAAGGAACAUUGACAGUACUAGUGCUGACAUGAUACAAGUUAGUGGUAGCACCAAUAACACUAACAGUGUCAGUAGUAGUAGUAAUAGUAAAAAUAAUCAUUGCUACUCUGUAAAUGGGGCUUCACCAGGCCUCAUUUUGGAGCUCCCUUCAAGCCAAUUAGUGUUGUCAUUAGACACCACACCCACAUCUUAUGAUUAUUCUUUCAAGCUUAUGUCUGAGGGAGAGAGCAGUAAUUUUGGGUGUACCAGUUCAGGCCUUCUGGAUGCACUGCUGCUGCAGGAUUCUGACAAUAAUAUUGAUAUGAAUUAUACACAGGAAGUUGUAGGGGAAACCAAAACAGAGUUAGAUGAUGUAUCUGGUGACUAUAUAAUCACCAGUGCCACGCCUCCAAUGGAUAUGCCAGCUGAAAUGGUUCUCAGUUCACAUGAGAUGCUUCGUGAAACUGCCAAGGAGGUAAAGACAGAACCAUUCUUAGAAUACAUAGAUGAUUCAGAUCUCUUUCCUGAAUGGUGCAAAGCCUCUCCCAUCAACACUCUAAGCAAUUCUGUCAUUAAAGAAAGCUGCACCCUUCCUAGAGCUGCAACUAACAAUACACAGGAGGAGGAGGAAGACUGUAUGGCCAUAUAUAAUUUGGUGAAUAACCACCACCAAUACAUAACAUGGGGAGAUGUGGGGUGGAACAACAUGCCUGGUGCCUGUCAGUUAAGUGACAUACACUCCACUCUUGAUCAUUCUAGAACCAGGACUAAUCUCAGUACUGCAACUGGCCUACAGAACAUCAAGGGCUCUUGUACCAUCUACUGAGAUAAUUUUCAUAUACUCACAAAAUACAUUGAAUUCAGUUCAAACAUUUGGUGUGAUCAAAAGAAAAUACAACUCUGUAAUCUUUCAAUUUUUUGUUUGUAAUAUAUAAUUCUAGUGAGCUUAGCUACACUGUAUGAGAAUGUAAUCAUCAGGUUUUUCAGUCAAUAAUGUUCUUUUAACUA